AUGGAGCAGGGAGCCAGCACGCCAAGAGCUGAUUGGGGGAGCUUGCCUUCGCUGCUGCUGAAACAUGUGGGCGAGUUGAUGAGGAAGAACGGUGUCGACGUGCUGCCAGUGAUAAAAUCGGCCAGACUCGUCAAUAGUCACUGGUGUCUGUGCGCAAGUGAACUGGUGACAGAGUUGAUUUGCUCCAGCCAGGUACCCCUUGAGCAAAUGUCUGUCAAGAUUCCAAGCAGCUUUACAAGGGUGCAGAAACUGUGGUUUCGGCAGGGAGUAAAGCCCAAUGUUGCUCCAUGUGCUCCACAUCGUCGCCGUGCUACACGUGGUCGAUGUGCUCCACGUCCGCUCAAUGUGUCUCCACCGCGGGCAGGGGCAACUUUUGAAGAAUGUUGCGGUGGUGAUCAUUCUUUGGCUUGCCUGCAAGAGCUGAACUACAUGACUCAUUUGGACAUCGGAAGGAUAAAGAUCACGGAUUCUGAUUUGGAGCAUUUGGUGGGGCUGACAAGUCUCAGGCGCCUGGACUUGCGCAUGUGCACAUUGAUCUCAGAUGCAGGCUUGGCACAAGUUGCCAGGAUGAGUUCCCUAACUCACUUGGAGAUCUCAGAAGGGAGCUUGGCACGAGUUGCCAGGCUGAUCUGCCCCCACCUGGAGGUCGACCCUUGUGAGAAGCGUAUCACCAACGAUGGCCUGCUCUGGUUGGCACAGUUGACCUGCCUUGAGCACUUGCGACUGCAGAGGUUGCUUGACAUCACUGCGGAGGGCUUGGCUCACUUGACCACCCUAACGUGCCUAAAAUACCUGGGAUUGUUGGGGCUGCGCUACAUUGAGAGUAACAGCGUGGUUCAGGUGGGAGCAUUGACUGGCCUUGAGGAGCUGGAAGUGGACUUCUGCCAAAAUGGUGUCCAUUUGCAGGGUUUGCACCAGCUCACAGGUCUUCAGAAGCUGGCAAUCGAAACGUGUGGCAGAUACCUGGCUGCCAUUGGUGUAUUGACAAACCUCAAGUUCUUGUGCAUAGGGGACUCAAUGGCUCAACCACUCAGGGAUGAGGUGUGGCUGGCAGUCAAGAAGCUGGAGGGACUGGAACACCUCAGGUUGCAAAGGAUCUGGUCCUUGCCAUUCCAGAGCUGGGCACACAUUGGAAUGCUGAAGUCUCUAAAGACAUUGAGUUUUAUAAAUGACCCUGAUGGCUCGGAGGAUACCACGGUGCCCUGUGAGCAUCUGACAGGCCUCGAGUGCUUGGAUCUCAAUGUGAAUUGGAAUGCGAAUGGAAGGAUGACUCGCACACUCUCUGGUGCAGAAUUGUUGACCAACCUUCGCUGCCUGGGUUUGAGCCACAACGUGCAACUCAGUGAUGAGGCGUUGCUGCAUGUGGGUGAGCUCAUUGGGCUCAAGCACCUCUAUCUGGCAGGCUGUUGGCAAAUAACUGACGCUGGGGUGGCACAUCUGACCAAGUUGACCGCACUGGAAGUCUUGAACUUGAGUGGGUGCCAGAAAGUAACGAACAGAGCUCUGGUGUAUGUCAGAGAGCUUGGGGCACUGAGGCACCUCAGUCUGUCGACGCAUGACGGGACCACCCAGGGGCCAUUCAUGCUGGCAGAGGGGCUUGCAGCGCUUGAGCAGUUCGAUCUGUAUGGGGUGGGUUACAUCACAGAUGGCAUUGUGGCAGAGGUCGAAAGGUUGUCUUUUCGAAUGCGUAUGUAUCUGCAUGAUGCUGAUGGAAAACGGUUGAUGAAGACCAAUGGAUAG